CGGAGAUGGGUCCCGCCCCCUCGUGGGGGCGCCUCGUGCGCUCACGGGUCCGCCCCUGCCAGCCUGGGUGGCCCAGGACUCCGGCAGCACUUGGAUUCAGCGCCCAGGGUCAGGUUCGGGGAUCCAGCUGAGGUCACCAAGUUGUCACAGCAAGCAUCUUUACCUGCUGAGCCAUCCUGCAAGCCCUGCCACCCUGCUGCAGUGAAGUCUUCUGACCACACUUCCCUUCCUUGAACUCUCUACCCAGAAAGCUGGAGUGUCACAGGCCAGCGCUUGUGACGUGGUGAAACUCAGGGGAUAAUGUUCUGCAGUCAGAAGAAGCUGCCUGAAGUCGAGCGGGUGGUGAAAGCCAAUGACCGUGACUACAAUGAGAAGUUCCAGUACGCGGACAAUCGUAUCCACACAUCCAAAUACAACAUUCUCACAUUCUUGCCAAUUAAUUUAUUUGAGCAGUUCCAAAGAGUGGCAAAUGCCUAUUUCCUUUUCCUCCUGAUACUACAGCUCAUUCCAGAAAUCUCUUCCCUGACGUGGUUCACCACCAUCGUGCCUCUGGUCCUGGUGAUCUCCAUGACAGCUGUCAAGGAUGCUACUGACGACUAUUUUCGUCACAAGAGUGAUAACCAAGUGAAUAACCGACAGUCUGAAGUGCUCAUUGAUAGCAAACUGCAGAAUGAAAAAUGGAUGAAUGUUAAAGUUGGAGACAUCAUUAAAUUAGAAAAUAACCAGUUUGUUGCUGCCGACCUGCUGCUCCUGUCAAGUAGUGAGCCGCACGGUCUCUGCUAUGUUGAAACAGCCGAGCUCGAUGGGGAAACAAAUCUAAAAGUUCGUCAAGCGCUACCUGUUACCUCAGAACUUGGAGCAGAUAUUAGCAGCCUUGCAAAGUUUGAUGGGAUUGUUGUCUGUGAGGCACCUAACAACAAAUUAGACAAGUUCUCUGGAGUCCUCUCUUGGAAGGACAGCAAACACACCCUCAGCAACCAGAAGAUAAUCCUGAGAGGCUGCGUCCUGAGGAACACCAGCUGGUGCUUUGGGAUGGUUCUUUUUGCAGGUCCUGACACUAAACUAAUGCAGAACAGUGGCAAGACAAAGUUUAAAAGAACAAGCAUUGACAGACUGAUGAAUACCCUAGUCCUAUGGAUUUUUGGAUUUCUGGUAUGCCUGGGAAUUAUUCUUGGAAUAGGAAAUUCAAUCUGGAAGAGUGAAUCUGGGGACCAGCUUAGAACUUUCCUCUUCUGGAGAGAAGGCGAGAAGAGUUCCCUGUUCUCAGGAUUCCUAACGUUCUGGUCAUAUAUUAUCAUCCUCAAUACGCUUGUGCCCAUUUCGUUAUAUGUGAGUGUGGAAGUAAUCCGUCUGGGACACAGUUAUUUUAUAAACUGGGACCGGAAGAUGUAUUAUGCUGCAAAAACAAUGCCUGCUGAAGCCCGGACAACCACACUCAACGAGGAGCUGGGCCAGAUUGAAUAUAUUUUCUCCGACAAAACAGGAACUCUCACUCAAAACAUCAUGACUUUUAAAAAAUGUUCCAUUAAUGGGAGCGUCUAUGCAGGUGAAGUACCAGAUGACCUGGGCCAGAAGAAAGAAAUAACUAAGAAAAAGGAGGCUGUGGACUUCUCAGGCAAAUCUCAAUCAGAAAGAAGACUUCAUUUCUUUGACCACAGUCUGAUGGAAUCCAUUGAGCGGGGGGACCCCAAAGUACAUGAAUUUCUUCGCUUACUUGCUCUCUGCCAUACUGUAAUGUCGGAGGAGGAUAGUGCAGGACAACUAGUUUACCAAGUUCAAUCACCCGAUGAAGGAGCUCUAGUAACUGCUGCUAGAAAUUUUGGGUUCAUUUUCAAGUCUCGGACCCCAGAGACAAUAACAAUAGAAGAACUGGGAACACCUGUUACUUAUCAGUUACUUGCCUUUUUGGAUUUCAACAACAUCAGGAAAAGGAUGUCUGUUAUAGUUCGAAACCCAGAAGGACAGAUAAAACUUUAUUCCAAAGGAGCAGAUACUAUUUUGUUUGAGAAACUCCAUCCUUCCAACAAAGACCUGCUGUCUUUGACAUCGGACCAUCUCAACGAAUUUGCAGGUGAAGGCCUUCGCACCUUGGCAAUUGCUUACAGAGAACUUGAUGACAAGUACUUUAAAGUGUGGCAGGAGAUGCUUGAAGAUGCAAAUGCUGCCACCACUGACAGGGAUGAAAGGAUAUCUGGGCUGUAUGAAGACAUUGAAAGAGAUUUGAUGCUAUUAGGUGCCACUGCUGUAGAAGAUAAGUUACAAGAAGGUGUUAUUGAAACAGUUACAAGUCUAUCGCUAGCCAAUAUUAAGAUCUGGAUCCUAACAGGAGACAAACAAGAAACUGCCAUCAAUAUUGGCUACGCCUGCAAUGUGCUGACUGAUGCCAUGGAUGCCGUGUUUGUGAUAACGGGGAACACAGCUGGAGAAGUGCGAGAAGAACUCAGGAAAGCAAAGGAAAUCUUGUUUGGACAAAACCCGAGUUUUUCCAACGGACAUGUAGUUUACGAAAGUAAGCGGCAGUUGGAGUUGGACCCGGGUGCAGAAGAAGCUGUAACAGGAGACUAUGCCUUAGUCAUAAACGGCCACAGUUUGGCCCAUGCCCUAGAAAGUGAUGUCGAGAAGGAUCUUUUGGAACUUGCCUGCAUGUGUAAGACUGUGGUUUGCUGCAGAGUCACCCCGCUCCAGAAAGCUCAGGUCGUAGAGCUGGUCAAAAAGCACAGAAAUGCUGUAACCUUGGCCAUCGGCGAUGGGGCCAACGAUGUCAGCAUGAUUAAAAGCGCUCACAUCGGCAUUGGCAUCAGCGGCCAGGAAGGCCUGCAGGCAGUCUUAGCCAGUGACUACGCUUUGGCUCAGUUUAGAUAUCUCCAACGGCUGCUUCUUGUUCAUGGAAGGUGGUCCUAUUACAGAAUGUGCAAGUUUUUAUGCUAUUUCUUCUACAAGAACUUUGCGUUCACUCUUGUGCAUUUCUGGUUUGCCUUCUUCUGUGGUUUCUCAGCACAGACUGUUUAUGACCAGUGGUUCAUCACUCUUUUUAACAUCGUUUACACAUCACUACCUGUUUUAGCCAUGGGGAUUUUUGACCAGGAUGUGAGUGACCAGACCAGCAUGGACUGUCCCCAGCUCUAUGAACCUGGACAACUGAAUCUACUUUUUAACAAGCGUAGAUUUUUCAUCUGUGUGGCACAUGGAAUCUACACUUCCUUAGCGCUUUUCUUCAUUCCCUAUGGGUCCUUUUACAACGUGGCUGGAGAAGAUGGGCAACACAUUGCUGACUAUCAGUCCUUUGCAGUUACCAUGGCCACAUCUUUGGUCAUUGUGGUCAGUGUACAGAUAGCCUUAGACACCAGUUACUGGACUGUGGUUAAUCAUGUCUUCAUCUGGGGCAGUGUUGCUACGUAUUUCUCCAUUUUACUGGCCAUGCACAGUAAUGGCGUCUUUGGAAUUUUCCCACACCAGUUCCCCUUUGUUGGAAAUGCAGUGCACUCCCUGAGUCAGAAGUUCGUCUGGCUUGUUGUUCUCUUGAUAGCUGUGGCUUCCGUCAUGCCGGUGGUGACAUUCAGAUUCUUGAAGAUGUGUUUAUACCCAAGCCUAAGUGAUCAGAUCCGCAGGUGGCAGAAAGCUCAGAGAAAGGAAAGGCCCAUACGAAGCCGAAGGCCUCAGGUCCGCAGGUCCAGCUCCAGAAGAUCCGGGUACGCAUUUGCUCACCAAGAGGGCUACGGAGAGCUCAUCACAUCUGGAAAAAAUAUGCGAGCUAAAAGUCCAGCCCCAACAUCAGGGCUGGAAAAGACGCUUUAUAAUAACACGAGCUGGAUUGAAAAUUUAUGUAAGAAAACCACAGACGUGGUGAGCGGCUUUAGUCACGAUAAGACAGUGAAGCUGUGAGUCAAGACGGGCUUGAACCACAAGGUUUUCUUUUCACCUCAUCUGGGGCUGAGCCUCGGCUGCUCAGGGGCCAAGAGCAGGGCGGAUUGCCUUGCUUAACUUAAAUCCAUGGCCUCCUGUUUCCAAGGCCUGUCACAUACUGGUGUGUUCUGCAGGAAACCGGGCCAGAUGGGCACCAUCCAGUUUGUGAUUCUGUGGACCAAGCCCUCCCUCGUGGGACAAGCACAGAUUUUUAUUAACUUAAACACCAAUUGAUCUGAACUUUGAAUCUUAUUUAUGAAAAAAAAAAAGUUUGUAAAUUAGCAUCUAUACUGGAUGGGUCCUGGGUAUGUAAAAAGUGCAUUCCAACAGUGUGUCUGAACCAGAAAACACAUGUCUACAGAUAUACUGUGUAUGUGAAGAGCUGCCUUUCCCAAAUGUAAGUGCAGAAUUUAAAGUAUGCAGUACGGUGCUCUCUCUAGUUAUGACCUCUACUUGCCAGUCCACCCUGGACAACAAACCAUGACAUGCCUGAAGAAUACCUUAAAAAGCCUGUGGGAGAUUCCCUGUUUUUCAAAUCGCUCCAGGGACGAAAGAGAGUGAACAUCUUUGCAGAGGGGCUGCUAAUGGGGUCAGAUGUAUUCAGAAAGUGUUCAGUCUGUUCUAGGUAGGGACGAAAUACCAGCGUGGCUCCCCAGGAAGUCUCCUAACGUUUCAGUGACUUGUGGUGGAAUGCCACACUUUUUUGAUAGUGUUCCAUACAGUUCACGGGCAAAGGCUGCUGACAGAGCCCAUUUUAAAAACUUGAGAAUUAAAAGGAAGUGAGUGAAUAGGCCAUCUCUACUGUUAUUUACUCAGGUUUAGGUCAUGGAGACUCAAUUCCUUUUAGUAUCUUGUUGUUGUGUUUAUAACUCAAACAUCUAAAUGUAUAGAUGUAUAAGCUAUUUUUUUUUUUUCGAGACAGGGUUUCUCUGUGUAGCUUUGGUGCCUGUCCUGGAUCUCACUCUGUAGACCAGGUUGGCCUCGAACUCACAGAGAUCUGCCUGGCUUUGCCUCCCAAGUGCUGGGAUUAAAGGCAUGCGCCACCACCGCCCGGCGCUAAGCUAAUUUUUAAAAUAGACAUUACAGCCCAAUUUUGGGAUCUCUGGGUGAGCCACUAUUUUAUAAAGCUCUGUGUUCAAACUGCUGCUCUGCUGCCUCUUACCUCUGUGAUGGGCAGGUGAUGUGCCUUUCUUGAGACUCAGUUUCCUCCUCUACCUACCUACCUCAUGUGGUUGAUGACCAUCAAGCACAAAUUCUCAAACCAUUAGAAACACAAUUCUCACAUGAAUGUAUGAAUUAGGCUCCAACUAGUUCAUCAUCAGAACAGCAGAGCAAUAUGGGAAGAGACUGCAGGACCUGGGCUGUCAGUCCUGAGUAGAAGGACCUCAAGGAAAUGUAGUUGCUAAAUAUGAUAGAAAACAAGUAAAACCUAGCCCAGGGAAUAUAUUUAUGUGAACGGAAGUAAAAUAAAGCAUCUGGUCUUACUAGUUUUCCAAAAUCAGUCUUCGGCUUUCCAGGCUCCUUCCUGUGGUCCCUACUCAAUUGCUGAUCAAACACAACUACUUUCCACAAAGAGCUCGUUAAUCCUUAUGUGGCCUUGAUAGAUGAUGGGUUAGGAUGAUAUUAAUAGGUCAAUGUCCCCUGUCCAAUUGGUCUUGGUUUCUCAGGGUGAUUUUUUUUGACUAGUACUCAAUGAGAUAAUGUGUACACAGGAGCCUAAUACCUAGAGCCUACACCAAUAGCAAAUGCUGGUAGCUAUUUCUUAUUCCUGUACGUAUCUACCUAGACAAAAGUAAGACUUUUGUGUCUAAUGAUCAGCCCCAGUGUGCUUGCUUAUAUUUCAUAACAAUUGCAAAAACUUUGGAAACUUUCAGUAAAUGUUUUGCCACUCUUAA